AUGGCGCGACUGGCUCGAGCGUGGCCCUGGCUGGUGAGCCUCGGGGCGGCCUCUUGCCCGGAGCUGGGCAAGGAGGAGCUCUUCGCCUGCCAGACGGACGUGGAGCUGGGGAGUCCCUCCCCGUCUCUGCCGAACGCGCCCUCCGCGUUCUGCACGGACCAUGCCAAGUGCGUGGAGAUUGGCCUGGCCACGGGGAACUGCUGCCCGGCGAUGAAUGGCCAGUAUCUUAGCUGCUGUGAUGCGACCUCCCGACGCCUCACUCCGCAGAGGAUGGACAAGAAGGGUGUCACGAUUGAUGACACCACGCUGCAGUGGUGCAGCUCCCGGAUUCCCGAGACCUGGCCAAACCUGAAGGCAGCGCCCAUGGGAAGCCUGCGGAUCUUUCAAACCUGGAACUCGCAGUGGCCAAGCAAAGGUCGGCACACUUCCUGGAAGGGCCUUGUGGACUUUGUGAAAGCCAACCGUUUGAAGGUGCUUGUGGGCACCCCAGUGACGUGCGUGGAAGGCGAGGACGAGAUCACUUGGAGUUGGACUAAGGAGUUUCUGCAGAUGGUGGGCCCCGAGCACGUCAUGGGCCUGGCGGUGGGCAACGAGUUGGAGCUGCUCUACACCCACGCGGACAGCGGCUGCAUCUCGGAGAUGUGGACUGGCGGAAGGCUAUGGUCUGUCUUCCAGCGGCGGGUAGCGGAGUUCGCCACUUGA